AUGCACAUGGGAAUCAAAAUAUUGUCCAUCUCCACCGUUUUCUCCAGCGUUCCAUUUAUUUAUUACAUGAACUGGUUUCAGGGUGAUUUUACUCUCACUGCGCAUGUUGCUCCUGCAGUUGUCUUGGUUGGACAAGCUAUGACAUUGUCCUGCCAUCUCAUAGGAAAGGUCCCCGCUAACAUUCAAGUGCAUUGGUACAAACUGGAAAGGAACAAAAAUACGACGUUAUAUUUUUACAAUAGCACAGAAAAAGGGACUGAGCUGGGCUGGGCUGGGGACCGGCACAGGAUCAAAGGACGAUAUGGGAAUGGAGUCAUUAUGGUGAAGCUCCUUCCAGUGCAAGUAGAAGAUAGUGGGCGGUAUGUGUGUGCAGUGACAAGCAAUGGUGUCUAUAAAGAAGACAUCGUCCAGGUGACUGUUCCAGGCUUUGGAUCUGCACCUCGCCUAACUAUAGAACAUCAGCAGAAUAAUUCAAUCACUCUGAGGUGUACGUCCCAAGGGUGGUACCCAAAACCUGAAGUACGCUGGACUGACAGCACAGGACACAAAAUAACUGCUAUGGCUGAAACAAGAAUCCAAAAAGAUGUGACAGAUCUGUAUCAAAUCCACAGUACACUCAGGGUAGCAGAUACUGCUUCUGACACUAUCUCAUGCACUAUAAGAAAUCCCUUGCUGAAGAGGCACCACAAAAAAGUUAUUGCAAUUUCUGGUUUCUUUGAUGUGGAGGCAGAACAUGGCAUCAUUACUGCGGUAACUGGAGAAAAUGCCAUUCUUCCCUGCCGGCUGAUUACGAAACAUCUGCCCCCCAGCAUGGAGCUGCAGUGGAGGAAAGUUGGACCUGGGAAGAAUAAGACAAUCUAUCUCUACCUCUAUGAUGCAAUCAGCCCCCUGGUUAAUUCUUAUCCACAGGAUGACAAAUGCUCAAUGAGUUAUUUAUCUCCAAAUGGAGUCAACAGCAGAGAAUGGCUCAGGAAGAAAUAUGAAAAAAAGGCAGAAGUUUUUAAAGGAAAGGAGUUUGGGAAAGGAAAUAUUUCUCUGAAACUGAACAAUAUUCAUGUGGAAGAUAAAGGGAAAUAUGUAUGUUCUGCCACAGCCAACUCAUUUCACAGAGAGAUCAUCACUGAAGUCUUGGUUAUAGGUAAGAAAGGCCUAGAACUGGAGAAAGCAGAUUUAUCAAACUCUAUUAUUCUGUCUCCCCAGGAGCCAGCGCAGGCUUGUCCCUUCUCCACAGCACAUUUUAUUGCUUUGUCUAUUAUUGUUUUAAAACCCCCAAAUAAUGGAAUUUCCACUUCUUCCAUUGGGUAG